AUGUCUGGAUUCAGGUCCCUUUCCCAAAUAAUCCCAAUUCAUGAGAGCACGCUGGGAAUACGGAAGCGGAAUAUAUCGCAGAUCUCUUCUCAGCAGUUGGAUCAAGAUAUAAUCAUGCGAUCAUUUCAUCCUCAGCCGGAGCAUCCAGACCCUAACAAGGCUAUAGUUGUACGGAAUAAGCCAGGAGCUUGGCUAUCAAGCCAAUUGAACGCGGAGAGCUCCUUGUAUGGCAAUCAUAUCGAUUGGUCACUGGCUGUGCACCAAAGGCCUGCAAUGAACCAUGCUGCGCCGGAAUAUUUUUCUGGAGAUGAGCGUGCUUGGCAGCACAGUCUCGAUCAUGACGCAAACCAUUGUAAUCUGUCGCAAUCAACAAAGUGUCGAAUGAAUAACUUUCCUGGGGGUUAUCAUCGUGGUGGUUCUGCACCACCAGCAGCCGGACGAUCGGUUUCGAACGAAGAGUACUGUCAUCAUAUCGGUGAAAGAUGGCUGAAUCCAUCAUCCCAUUCGGCGCUCAUUGUGUAUAAACAUGGCCAGGAGGGCCCAACUGAAAAUGACGAGACUGGAGCAGGAGAAGUAGAUGCUACCAGAUUAAACAUAUCCGCUGACAACUCAAAUCAUCUUGGUUUUAUCGUUCUCCUGUUUGGUGCAAAAUUGAUGAUUGUAAAAGGAUUUCUGGUUGGUUCCGAGAUGACUGAAGAUACAACUCUCAUAGCUUUGUACGAAGUUGCACAUGAAAAUAUGGAGCUGAAGAUGGCCAUGGUGCAGCAAAAAAACAUGGAGGAGGAGCUUAUGAAGCAGCCUCAGGAAUGGAAAUCAAGAUAUUGGACCGCUCAAGAGCAUCAGCGAUUCCUCGAUGGGCUGAAGGUUCAUGGUCAACGCAAUUUCAAAGCAAUCGCAACUCUUGUUGGUACGAGAACGUCUACCCAGGAAAGCGCACAACAAGUCAUCAACAGAACCCGAGUCCAUGCAGUCAUCAUCGUCUCCGCCAUCGGGUGA